AUGCCGCUCAGACCUGAUUCUGCGGAUGGCGGAAGGAGUGACGGGCAGAUGCUUUCCACAAAUGAGGGCGACAGUGGGAGUGGGAGUGCAAGUGGGAGUGCAAGUAGGAGCAGUCACGCCCAGGCCCCUAGCACGCGUCGUCCGUCAGCGUCAAGGCCAGAGGUCCCCAGCUUCGAUCAAAAAGAUGGCCACCAGGCUCUGAGAAAGUCGUCGUCUCCACCUCCAAAAUCACCCCGAGCUGAUCGGAACACCCCGCCAGCAAAGUCUCGAUUCACCAAAUUCUUCCGUUGGCUGUUCAGUCCAUUCGCCAACUUCUUCAUUACCAUCUACAAUCUCUUUUUCCGCCGCAUUCCAAAGCCUAAAGCUCUCUUGGAUGAGGACCGAGAAGAAAAGAUGGAGAAUCGAGGACCAGCUGCCAACAGCGUCAAGGAUCGGCAGACCAACGAGAAUGUCAACCCCAGACUCAAUCACGCGGUUGCCAACCUUACCAUACGGGACGCCGCCGCACCCGUAUUCCCGCCUUUGAAACCAGCCGUCGUCCCACUUGUGCCUGUCGUGCCGGCAGGAGCGCCACUGAAGUCGGUUGGAAUACUCGAGGAGGAGGACGAGGAUCCAGCCCGCAAGGCUGAGCGAGCUCUUCACCAGGGCUUUAUUGAAGAGGCUCUGGAUAUGGCUCGCCUCGCUCUCAAGACAAACGAGACGCCGGUCGGCUGCGUUCUGGUCUACAGAGGACGGGUCAUUGCCAAAGGCAUGAACGCAACCAACAUCACACGAAACGGCACCAGACACGCAGAGUACAUGGCCCUCUCUUCUCUUUUCGCCACUAAACCCGAUGCACCUCCCCCUUCACAUCCCAGCUGCAAGCACGAGGUUGACGAUCCUGGCGAGUGGGACGCUGUCGACGUCACCAAGAGCUACUUGUACCCCUACGGCCAGAAGCUGCACCCUUCGCCUCGUGUCACGGCAUCUAUUGUCCAGGAGAGCACCCUGUAUGUGACGGUCGAGCCAUGCGUCAUGUGCGCGUCGCUCCUGAGGCAACUGAAGAUCAAGAAGGUUUACUUUGGAGCCGUUAAUGACAAGUUUGGUGGCACUGGUGGCGUGUUCCGCAUCCAUACGAAUUCCACCUCAGUCAAGAAUACUCCAUCACUGCCAACACGAAGAGUUAUGGGCGGUCGGAUCAUGCGUGUUCAUCGAGAUGGUAGUAGGACUACUAUUGAUACUGACGUUGACGAAUCUGCGGACGCCACCCAACAACCGGGAUCAUCUGCUGGUCAACAGCAACAUCUGCAACCCACAUCGUCUUCUGUAUCCUCGACUGGAGUUAUGACACCUCCCUCCUCGGCUCCGUCUCCUGGUCCGGCUCGUUCGAUGUACCAGAUGGGAGAGCACGCGCAGGCGAACCAGAAAUGGGCGAUUAAUCCCGCGCCGCCAGCUGAUCCUCCGCAAGGGCCCUCAUGCCACUACGACGGGGACGGCGGAAAUGUCGAGAAUGGCUAUGAGGCCGAGGGAGGCUGGGGCCGUGAUGAAGCCGUUACGUUACUGCGACAGUUCUACGUCCAGGAAAACGGACGGGCGCCUGUGCCGCGGAAGAAGGAAGGAAGAGCAGCACGUCUAGCCGCCAUGAUGGAGAAGGAUGGCAUGAGCCCUGCUAUCGACCUUAAGGUCGCGGCCAACAUACCGGCUUCGGCGCCUGCGACAGUGGCUGGCACUCCUGUGGCAGAAAAGGACGAAGACGCGGCGGACAUGGAUAUGGAUGGCACCGGAGACGUUCUGGAAGUUCCAACUCCCAUGUCGGAGGUCGCUUAG